UUUAACUGAGCAACCAGCAACUCCACGGUAUACAGUAGUUUGGGAUGCUACACAACAACACCGGUUCUCUCUGUAAAGUAAUCCGUGUGUUUUGUAACAUCAGAGACGGGCCAGAAGCAAGAUGUCUUCUAAUACCGUUAAACUGGAAAGAACCGUGAAGCCGGUGUGCAAGAAACUUGAAGAUGCACUGGCAAUGGAGUUCUUUUUCACGGAGUUGAAUGCGACCGCUACGUGCCUCAUUUGCAAGCAGAAAGUACUGUUUACGGGGUUAAAUAUGAAGCGGCAUUACAUCGCAAAACACGCGGGAAAGUAUGAUAGAUAUAAGGGAAGGAGCAGGAAGACCACGUCCGAUGAGCUUCAUGCAGAAUUCAACAGCUCCAUCGGGACGUCAGCAAGAGAACCUGAAUCUGUGCCUAAAGAGAUCGCUCCAGCCAUGCCGAGUCUAAAGCUGAUCUCUGCGACCGACACACAGUAUGCCGUGUCUGUGCUGAAGUCGAUGAACGAGCAGCGGAAUCACGGGUUAUUUUGUGACGUCACCAUUAUCAUACAGGACAGGAAAUUCAGAGCUCACAAAACCAUCCUGUCUGCUUCGAGUACGUAUUUCCACCAGCUCUUCAGUGUAGCCGGACAAGUGAUCGAGUUAAACUUCAUCAGAGCGGAAAUUUUUGAGGAGAUUCUCAAUUACAUUUACAGCUCCAAGAUUUUCCGCGUCCGCUCCGACAUGCUCGAGGAGCUCAUCAAUGCUGGACAGAUACUGGGAGUCAAGUUCAUUGCAAACUUGGGGACACCGUUGUCACAAGUUAAGGGUCUGCCUGGUUUGUCAAAGGAGACGGAGAGCAAAAGUGGCACACCCGCAGAGAUGAUGCCCAUCAUCGCAGAGUCUUUCUCCAUAUCUGCCGAGGAAUUCAAUCAGACGAGCAAGCCGGCGGGCAACGACUCGGACUCGGACGGUGAUGUUAUGUUUGUCUCACAAACGGAUGCUCAAACCAGAGCGGCCAAUCAGAAAGCCAAAUCUGGUGACCCCAUCGAUGUGGAUACAGCUGAUUCAGGAAAGGCAGCAUCAAAGCAAAAUGAAGAAUCAAAUCAUACAGUAGCAAAAGAGAAAGCCAGCGCCCCCUUGAAAACAAGUCCUGUAAAGCCUCCGAUCAUCAGUGGUCCGAUCAUCAGUGGUCCGAUCCCCAGCGGUCCCAACAGCAGCCCUCUGCACAGUCCAGACAGCAGCUCCAAUAACUCGGCGUCCCCGGCCAGAGUUUCCUCAGGAAGUGCCCCAACAACGCCAGCCAGGUCGAGCAAUGUCACCCCCGAGCCCUCGAGUGCCUCUCAGUCCUCGGAAAACAGCGAUAUAAUGGGAGUCCACAAGAAGCAGGUCUCUGCUUCCUCUCAGCAAGGGGAUUUCAAAUUAAAGCUCCUAGAUUUGACUGAAGGCCAAGCAAAUCAAACGAACAGUCCCAAAUCGGCCAUAGCAGCAAAAAAGACAGUGACACUCAAUACAACCACAGAGAUUGAUUCGAUUUCCUCAGGCUGUAAAGUGUAUGCAAAUAUUGGAGAAAACACAUACGACAUUGUCCCGGUGAAGGAAGAUCCAGGCGAAGGGGGAUCUAAAGUCAAUAGAGGGAAGAGGGCGUUUAUGGCGACGCCUUUGAAACCGUUCGAUAAAAUACCCACCUCACCGCUGGGCGGCCCAAACAAGAAAAAGGCCAAAAUGGAGCUCGAGGACCACUAUGAGCUCAUCAUGGACGGGAAGACGUUCUUCGUGUGCGUCGUCUGCAAGCGCCCCUACGUUUGUCUGACGAGUCUCCGUCGUCACUUCAACACCCACUCGUGGGAAAAGAAGUAUCCGUGUCGCCACUGCAACAAGGUCUUUGCACUGGCCGAGUACAGAACUAAACAUGAAAUCCACCACACGGGAGAGCGGAGGUACCAGUGCUUGGUGUGCAAUGAAAUGUUCAUGAACUACCAGUUGCUGUCCACCCACUGCAAGCAAGCCCACAACCAGGAUCCCAGCGGGAGGAAAGAGAAAGACGAGACGGACAACAACUUGUACCGACUCCUGCCGUGUAAAACGGUGCAGAUGAAGCCGUACUCGUGGAGCACGGACGGGCAGGGGGUCCCCGUCAUAUCGGAGGAUGGCAGCGUGCAUCACAUAACCGCCGUUGGCGAAGACGUCCACUCCUCCACUCAGAGCAGGAUGUUGAACUGGGACGACAUCUUUGUCGAGCCCGACGCUCACAUGCCGCCCAACGCUCGCGCCCGACCAGCGUCAACCGUUAACAGCAUUCCACAGGGAGCCACGGAGUUUGACUUUGUUAUACCAGAGACCUACUGAGCAGCACGAGCUGCUCCAUUACCUGUGCCUUUUUGGUGCCCCACCCGCCUAUUUCCUCCUUGGUUCCAUGUCAACAAUAUUCUUCUGUAAUUCUUAAGUGUCGGCUUCCUUUCAAUGACAUUUUUAAGGUGUAAUAUUGUACUAAACUUGGUGAAUAAUGUCUCUGAGUCUGCCGGAGCAAGCUGGAGAUUGAUUGAAUUUCUUCAACUUGAGUUGAACGGAGACGGAAGGAAUAGUUGCAGGAUGACAGCGCAAUAUGACCAGACCUUUAAUCAUGUUCCUCUGCUUGUGUAAUAACAUGAUCUUUUUGUAUCAUUGGAACAAAUGAUAGUCACGUUAGAAAAAACAUAUAGCAGUGGUUCCCACGCAGUAAGAGGGUGAAGGAACAAAUCCAUGCAAGAAGUCUCACUAGCUGUAAUAAACGGUUAAGUCAUGUAUAUUUAAUUUUUCACUGUAUGUGGGAAGUUAUAUCUAUACAAACUUUACUUUUAUCAUCUUACACAUUCAGGCCGAUACGCGACAUUAGACCUGUGUAUGCAACCGGUCCUACGCAUUUAGGAGCUUUGCCUAUUUAGGAAUGUGAAACAUCAGCAGAUGAUUUUUGUAACGAGGCAACCUUUUGUUCACAGGAUACAUUAUAAUGCGUUUUGUGGUUUCAACAGAUCUGUAUAAAAUUCAGGAUAUGAUCCAUAGUCGAAUGAAUCUAUCGUUACCGGAUCAUGAACUUAGUUUAACACAAGGCGUUGAUGAACUGAUCAUUGCUUGUUCCAAUGUGAGACUAUUUUAAGCCUCAUUCUGUUCAAGAGAAUGUUUAUUAUGAUUGGAAAUAUAUUUUUUCAUUGUGUGAUUGUUGGCGAUUCCACAUCUGGGUGUUGUGGAAGGGAAGAUAUACAAUGGUUAUUUAAUUUUUCAGUGGUUUGAAGUUUUGGCUUUCUUUUUUGUUGAUUAAACCUGUUUUUAUUUUCAUUCACUUGUACAUUUUUGUUUCCUGUGCUUAACAUGUUUCCUUUACUUUUAAUAUAUAUUUCAAUGCCAAAAUCCUUCAUAGAGUAGGCUAGAGACUAGCAUAAGUGUGAUGAUAGGAUUGACAUAAAUUGAGGAUUAUUUCAAAGCACUCGGUGUCGGAUCAGGCAGAAGAUUUGUCUGUAAUAUUCUUACUUUUUUACUCGUUUUUUCCAUUGUAUCAACAAUGUAGUGAUUGGUCAGUAUGAGUAAAAAAACAAACAAGUAGUGCUAACAUGGGAAUCUAUUCUGUGUCAUUCAAUAAAAUCAUGCAAGAUUUGUUUUUUAAUUAACAGAUUAACAUUGGUGUCUAAUGUACAGUAUAUUUGUAUUAACCCCACUUUCUUUUUAAGUGUUUCACAUGUAUUUAUUAGGUUUAUAGCGGUAUACAACAUGAAAUAGUUAUUAAAUACUCUGUUCUGUUGGCAUCUAACUAAAUGUUCUUUUUCUGUCAAUUGGCAACAAUUCCCUGAUGGUAAAUAAAUUAUUCUUUUACUAUUUUUA